AGUCUGUGCUCAGAGUCAACGCAACUCACAGUGAAAGUGAUGCCUUUUCUCCAGUUGCACAAAAUGAGUGUGAGGUGGUUAGCCAGAUCAGGAGCUCAACCUCACUUAGAGUCCAGCCUACUGCUCUGAUGCCGAAGGGGAGGCAGAAAGUACCACACUUGGACGCCCCCCUGGGUCUGCUUACCUGCCUCUGGCUGGAAUUAGCCGGCCUCUUCUUACAGGUUCCCUGGGUCAUGGGCCUGGCAGUGACAGGUGGGCCUGGCGCCCAGGGUCCAGGGGGGCUGAGCUGGGCUGUGCACCUCAACAGCCCAGAAGGCAAGAGGGAGGAAGAGACUCUGGGGCAGCAGGCAGAUGCCUUGGCCCAGGCAGCAGGGCUAGUGAAUGCUGGCCGCAUCGGGCAGCUUCGGGGGCACUACCUCUUCGUCCAGCCAGCUGGGCACUGGCAGGACCAGCAGGUGGAGGCCAUCCGGCAGCAGGCAGAGGCCGUGUUAGCCAGACAUGAAGCUGUGCGCUGGCACUCAGAGCAGAAGCUCCUAAAGCGAGCCAAGCGCAGCGUCCACUUCAACGACCCCAAGUACCCACAGCAAUGGCACCUGAAUAACCGGCGGAGCCCCGGCAAGGACAUCAACGUGACAGGUGUAUGGGAACGCAACAUAACUGGGCGAGGGGUGACUGUGGUGGUAGUGGAUGAUGGAGUGGAACACACCAUCCAGGACAUUGCGCCCAACUAUAGCCCUGAGGGCAGCUAUGACCUCAACUCUAAUGACCCUGACCCCAUGCCCCACCCGGAUGUGGAGAAUGGCAACCACCACGGCACACGGUGUGCGGGAGAGAUUGCUGCGGUGCCCAACAACAGCUUCUGUGCGGUGGGAGUGGCAUAUGGGAGCCGCAUAGCAGGUAUCCGGUUACUAGAUGGACCCCUCACAGACAGCAUGGAGGCCGUGGCAUUCAACAAGCACUAUCAGAUCAAUGACAUCUACAGUUGCAGCUGGGGACCAGAUGAUGAUGGGAAGACAGUGGACGGCCCCCAUCAGCUUGGAAAGGCUGCCUUGCAACAUGGGGUGAUGGCUGGCCGCCAGGGCUUUGGGAGCAUCUUUGUGGUAGCCAGUGGCAAUGGGGGCCAGCACAACGACAACUGCAACUACGAUGGCUACGCCAACUCCAUCUACACAGUCACCAUAGGUGCUGUGGAUGAGGAGGGACGGAUGCCUUUCUAUGCAGAAGAGUGUGCCUCCAUGCUGGCGGUCACCUUCAGUGGUGGGGACAAGAUGCUCCGAAGCAUUGUGACCACUGACUGGGACCUUCAGAAGGGCACAGGCUGCACUGAGGGCCACACUGGGACCUCAGCCGCAGCCCCCCUGGCAGCUGGCAUGAUAGCCCUUAUGCUGCAGGUGCGGCCCUGCCUCACAUGGCGUGACAUCCAGCACAUCAUUGUCUUCACAGCCACCCAGUACGAGGAUCACCGUGCAGAUUGGGUCACCAACGAGGCAGGCUUCAGCCACAGCCACCAGCAUGGAUUCGGCCUGCUCAAUGCUUGGAGACUCGUUAAUGCAGCCAAGAUCUGGACAUCUGUCCCUUACUUAGCUUCCUACGUGAGCCCCCUGUUAAAAGAGAACAAGGCUAUCCCGCUGUCCCCCAACUCACUGGAGGUGCUGUGGAAUGUCAGCAGGAUGGACCUGGAGAUGUCGGGGCUGAAGACCCUGGAGCAUGUGGCAGUGACGGUCUCCAUCACUCAUCCGCGACGUGGCAGCUUGGAACUGAAACUCUUUUGCCCCAGCGGCAUGAUGUCCCUUAUCGGCGCCCCCCGCAGCAUGGACUCGGAUCCUAAUGGCUUCAACGAUUGGACCUUCUCCACUGUGCGAUGUUGGGGGGAAAGGGCGAGAGGGAUUUACAAACUCGUCGUCAGGGAUGUAGGAGAUGAGACGUCCCAAGCUGGCAUCCUCCGUCAAUGGCAGCUGACCCUAUAUGGCUCUGUGUGGAGUCCAGUAGACAUCAGGGACAGACAGAGACUAUUAGAAGGUGCCAUGAGUGGAAAAUACCUGCAUGAUGGCUUCAUUCUGCCUUGCCCUCCUGGGCUGAAAAUUCCUGAGGAAGAUGGUUACACCAUCACCCCUAACACCCUUAAGACCCUGGUGCUGGUCGGCUGUUUUACCGUCUUCUGGACUGUUUACUACAUGCUGGAAGUAUACCUGAGCCAGAAGAAUGUGGCCUCUCACCCGGUUUGUAGGAGUGGACCCUGCCGUUGGCCCCAACGAAGCCGAAAAGCCAGGGAGGAGGGGACAGAACUAGAAUCAGUGCCACUUUACAACAGCAAGGAUCCAGAUGGAGUGGAGACAGAAAGUGAAGGCCCUCCCAGCACCUCUGGUCUCCUUGCCCCAGACCUGCUGGAUCAAGGGGACUGGAGCCUGUCCCAGAACAGGAGUGCCCUAGACUGCCCUCAUCAGCACCUACCCCCAGACCUGUUGCAGGCGAAGGAGCAGAUUUGCUGACCCAGGGCCUGACAGACUCGACAUCGGCUAGACUCUUCCUUCCCCAAAUUGGGGAAGCUUGGAUAGCUGCUCCAGAGUCCCAGGAGCUCUGGGAGAAGGCAGUCCUGAUGCUUACGUCUGGAAUCCAGAGGCUAAGAGCACCCUCUGACUAUGCUCAGGGAGGGCCAGGGCUUUCUUAAGGUACAAGUGGCAGAGGAAUCGUGCCAGAGGGCAGUGUGGCAACAGCCACUGGAUCUUCCUCAAACCGAACAGGAGCUUUUGGUGAGAAGGUCUUGUACAAGGGAUUGUCCCCCAUCCCCCUUUGAGCAGGCCUCCAUCCUCAUUUCUCCCGGGCAAGCCCGUGGUAUAGGUCAUAGGGACCCCCACCAUGCAUGGGUGAGAAGGUACCUGCCAUGGCCAGAAGGGCACCUCAGCAGAAACAUCACUGGGGUCACUUGGGAAGAGGACUUGGGUGGGGGUUUAGAAGAGCCCCUGGAUAUGCCUGUCCACCUAAUGAUCCAGGACCUAGAAACAGAGGACCUUUCCUGUCUCCCUCACCUUCCUGCCUAAGCCUUGGACCUUGGACAUACUGGUAUCGCAUUCAAGCCCUCAGCCCACACACUUGCCCUGAAAGCAGCUGCCUCCAUUAUCUCUAAUCAGAAGCCAACCGUGAACACACCCCUGACUCCUUCACCAUCGCCCCCACCCUUCAUCCUGAAGGAUCGGUACUAUGCUCCUGGCAAAGCUGGGGGUGGGCAUGGCCCCCAGGGCUGUGCUGCUUCAUAGGGGAGUCUGCAAAGGACUGUGACAGGUGCCAGCCACUGCCACCCCAGCCCUGUGCCCGCGCUGUCGUCCUCUGCAAAGUGCUCAGGGAAAUGGCCUUCCCCACCAGAGGCCAGCUGUCUUGCCUGUCGGGCUGUGACUCUUCCAUUCCCUCCCGUCUCCUGAGCUAGUUGGUUGAUGUAAAAAUUUUUUUAACACUCAAGGUUUGGUUUUCUCUUUUCACAGCAACGUUUUGAAUUAUUUUCUGCACAGCCUUUCCAAAAUAAAAGCCUUCCACACAACUCUGCCUCUCCCCAUCGCCUUUCCUCUGCCUCCCCAAAGUGAAUGCAAGUUGCCAGUGGCUCCUCCUUCCUGCCAGCCCCUGAAAGGUACUCUCCUCUUCCACUGCCGGGCCCUCUGAAAGAGCUGACCCCCUGGAAUCAUGGAAUGUGAGGGGUCCUUCAGAGGACAGCGGCCAGGACCAGCAGAUGGUCCUAUUUCCCGAACC